AAUGCCGUUCAAAGUGUUCAAUUUUCCAUUGAGCGUCCGUAGACAAAUUGUCAGCGAAUUGAAUAUCCUCGACGUGUUCAACUUCUCAGUUUGCUCACCAAAAACAAAGUCAACAACCGAAAAUAUACAAAAAGACGCGUUCAUCAUGAUGAAACAUAUUUGUCAGAGAACUGAUGCCGGGGAAUUGCAUAAGAUAAUUAUGGAAAAUGAUGAAUCGAAUACGCAUCUCACUGUACGUUUCGAGAAAGUUGACGAGAGCCAGGUCGGGAGAUAUGGAAAGCUAUUCAAAUGGGUUAUAGGGAAAAAUGCUGUUACAUGCUGCAUUUGUAUCACAUCAAAUGAAGAAAUUGUCUUUUACUUUAAUGGAUCAGCACUGCAAGAUGUUCAUCAAGAAGUGUACAAUGUGAUUGAUAACAUCCAUAUGACUGCGAAAAAUGAAGUUGCAAUUACACUCCAAAAAAACGAAACUAGACCCAGUUGCCUAUCACCAGGCGAAUCCGAAUACUCCUGUUGCCUCCCAAAAUUGAAAAAUGCUGAUGAAAUUUCGAUUUUUGCACCACGGUCUCGGUUGGAACCCGGAAUUAUUAUCAAUUAUAGCUUCCUUGACGAUGUAUUCUUGAAAUGUCCCAAUUCACAAGUUGCACGGAUAUAUGGUUUGAUUGAUAGUAGGAUUAAAAAAGAAUGCUGCUUGUUUGAUGUCAAGGAACAUGAAUGUGGAGACUUGGGUCCAAUGGCUUAUCGAAUUAUGUCCAUGUUUAGAGGACAACAUUUGUCUUUAAAGGCAGUCUUAACAACAGAACCCGUGAUUAGUUACUUGAAACACUGGGCCAGCGGCCGGAAACAUCAGAAUAUUGAAACACUGGAAGUAGGUGUUGAAGGAUUUGUUUCGAUGCGAUACGCUGGGACAACAAUUCUUGAAGAAUUGAAAGCAAGACCUUGGAAUGGUGCGAGAAGGCCUAGGAAUUAUAUUUUUUCUAAUAAAACGCACGGAAAACCGCAGAUCUUCGAUUGUGUAAAAUGGUUUGACAUUAAAGGUGAUGGGAAGCUGGCUUCAAUUCUUGUCGGCCAUUCCGAUUUUAAAAUGGUUGUUUGGAAUGGCUCCGCUACGAGCCUUCUCGCUACUUGUGUAUUGGGUUAAUUGUUGUAUUGGUUCCCACAUAAAAAGUUCAAAUUUAUCAAAUUAUGCAUUUUGAAUAAACGUGAUAAAAAUAU